CACUCAUACAUAGGCACUUCUCAGUCUCUCAGUCCCCUCUGGAGAGAGAGAGAGACGGAGAGUAAGAGAGAGGAUCUGUGUCUCUUCAUAUGCUACUUGUAGUAUUUACAGGCUUCCCAACGGUUCUUUCCUCCUUUUAUUUGGUUUGCCUCGUGACCUACUCUGCAAAAACACCACCUCCUCUCUCUUCUUCUCUCUCAAUCCCUCUGUUUUGUGCUGAAUUUUCACAGUAUAAUAUACACUUCUUCGGUUCCCUUUAUUGGGUAAAUUUCCUUUCUGAGAUAUUUCCAUACCUUCUUGCCCAAUACCCAGUUACUUGCCUUUGAGUAUCUGGUUUCUUUCUAGGGUUUUGGGAUACUCUGUUUUUUUAAGAGAAACAGUUGUGAGAGGAAAUAGGAACUUUUUCCUAAUUCUUAUGCAUAUCUCUGGGGUUUGCUUUCUUGGGUUUUUUAGAAACCUUUCUACUAGUGUCCCAUGAAGUCUUGAUUCCUUGUUCCAAUUUGGAAUUUCAGCAUAAAAAAGACCCAUUUCUCAAGUGUUCUACUGUGUCCCCCUUUCUAUUUUAUUCCCAAAACUGCUUGGCCUUUUCCUACUCUCAUUUCAAGCCAGUACUUUUGUUUCUUCUACUUUCAGGGUUUAGGGUUUUGCACCUUUUUUCUUUCUGUCUUCUUUUCGGCAAAGAUUUUGGCUUUUUUAGUCUUCCAAGUCUACUUGUUGAGCAGCCACAGCUCGAAUUCAAUCUGAAUUUUGGGUUUUACUUUAGUUCCUAAACUCUAUGAGUUCAUCUCCUCUGUUUCUUCUGGGCUUUAACUCAACAACCACCUGAAUUUUGGGGGUUUUCAAUUCAAUUCCUCUGCUUUUUGUUCCUCGAAAUCAUCCACAAAUGUCUUCGUGUUUCAGCGGCAGCGGAAGAACCUAUGCAUUUGAGCUUGACAUAGUCAAAUCCCCAUCCACAUCAACCCGAACAUCCACAUCUUCUCCUUCUUCAACUCUCUCAGAAUCAAGCAACUCGGGCCUCGCAAUCUCAACUCGAAAGCCCCGAACCCCUCGAAAACGCCCCAACCAGACUUACAAUGAAGCCGCCGCAUUGCUCUCCACAGCUUACCCCAACAUCUUCUCCACCAAAAACUUCACAAAUCCUCGGAAAUUCACCAAGCCCCACGACUCGUUCUUGGACCAAUCUGCAGAAUUGCUCUUGCCCUUCAGAGUCAUCGACGACGGAAGCUCCGGUUUCUUAAUCGGCGAGCCAAUCGGAGAAAAACCCAGUUCUCAGUUCGAGCCCAAAGCCCUGAUUUCGUUCGAAAAGAUGUGCCAGAGUCCUGGGGAAUUCGAUUCCCAGGCUAAUUCCAAUUCCAAUUCUAUGGAGAUGUGUGGAAGCUACCAUCACCAAGAUGAAGACUUCGAUGCCGAGUCGAUUCUCGACGAGGAGAUUGAAGAGGGGAUUGACAGCAUCAUGGGAAGUAUGAACGUGGACAUGGAUUCAGUCGACGAGUCUAACAAUGGCGGCGGUGGCGGUGGCCGUGGCGGGCAAAUGAAUUCGAACCCGAAUCCAAAUUCCUCGAAUUCUUGUUACGGGUAUCCGAUGGGGUUGGGAUUUGGCGGGAAAUUCGAAUUCGGGUUCGGGUUAAGAAGAGGGGGAGUGAGACCAUUGAGGCAUGUUGAUGAUGGGAAUUGGUGGAGCUUCCCCACCGUCGAUGUUCUUGAAAUCUCUCCCAGAUUCAACAAAUCUCAGUCUUCUUCUACCCCAGCUCCGGCUUCGGUGGCCUCGGCUGGGAAGAAGAAGAAAAAGAAAGUGGAAAAACUAUCGGUUUUGGAAGCGAAAGCCGCUGCGGAAUUGCCCAAGGAGACGAAUCCGAUUCCGAAGGCGGAGGAGCCUGGGCUGAUGCUGAAAUUGGACUACGAAGACGUUUUGAAUGCCUGGUCGGACAAAGCGUCGCCGUUUUCGGAGGAAAUGCCAGGAUCUGAUGUGCCCGGAAACGACGUCUCUGCCAGGCUGGCCCAGAUUGAUUUAUUCUCGGACGCCGGAGGACUGAGAGAGGCUAGCGUGCUGCGCUACAAGGAAAAACGGCGUACACGCCUCUUCUCUAAGAAGAUCAGGUACCAAGUCAGAAAAGUCAACGCGGAUCGACGGCCCAGAAUGAAGGGACGAUUUGUUAGAAGGCCUCAUUCUAGCACCAAUGGUCAAAGACAAAAGGAAAUAGCAUAAAUGCUUGUUUUGGAUUGUGGCCAUCACACUUCUGGUCUCUUUUUCCCUUUUUCAUUUUCUUGUAUUAAUUUCUUCUUUUAUUUUUAUAUUUCUCUCACACUAAGAAGCCAAAGAGAUGGAGACUAGUUAAGUAAAGAACGGGAGCAUGGAGAAUCACCAACAUCUUUUAGUCUAGGUUCUCAUUUUUAUACAUGUAUCUCUUUUUUUCUUUCUUUUUUCUAGUCUUACAAAGAUACUUAAUUUUCUACUUGGUUCUAAAGUCAUGCAUACCUUAUAGGUCAAGAGAUUUUGUUGUUG